CGGAACAACAACCCGAACACACUUUUAAUGACAGCGUUAUUUUCGUGUUUAGCAGGUGUUUAAAUUAAUUUGACAGUUUAUUUCAGUACUGAGGUUGACGUCUGAAGAAUCGCCAUUAUCAGAUACAGCUAACGUCGUUUUCAUUAAGUUUUCUCUGGUAUUUAAAUACUGUUGUGACUGAGUGAGCUGUGUUAGCUUAGCAGGCUAAUUUAUCAUUUGGAAUCACAGCUAACGUUAGUUAUCCAGCGUUAUCUUUGUAGCAAAAACCGCUAACGGGAGCUACAGCAGCAGCACCGGGAGAUAAGCAUGAACUACCCCCCCACCAAGAGGCUCCGAGGCCUGAACAAGGAUGUAGCGACGGCGGCCUUUGAUGACCCGUUUGGUGAUGACGAGGACUUCACUCAGGAUGAUCUGGAUGAGAUUGACAUCAUCGCCUCGCAGGCCAACAUCGCAGCAACAGCAGCACCUGGGCUUGGAUCUAAACCAGGGACCAAACCCGUGGAGUCGGCCCGCGGGUCGGCCCGGCUGCCGUCUGCAGGGCACAGCAAAUCUGUCAGCAGAGCUGCAACCAAUCAGAGCAGAGAGAACACGUUUGGGUUCAGCAGCAGCAACAGGGGGAAUGCUGGGAUACCAAGCAGAGAGCCUCUCGGUAACAGACAGCAGCUGCAGUUUGGGUCGGACAGAGACAACUCCUACAGUCUGCUGGAGGCUCAGCAUGCAGAGCUAAAGAGGAAGCUGAAGGAGGUGGAGGAGGAGAUUGUGAUGAAGAGCGGAGAGAUUCGAGUCCUGAGAGACUCUCUGAAAGGAGCUCAGCAGGAGAAGGAGGCCCAGAGGCAGAACCACAUCCUGCUGGAGACCCAGAGACAGAAAGAGCAGAGCGACAAGGAGAAGGAGCUCAACAGGAAGGUUCAGUCUUUGCAGUCAGAGCUACAAUUUAAAGAAGCCGAGAUCAAUGAGAUGAAGACCAAACUUCACAGUUCAGACAAAAACAAGUUGGCAUCUCCGCUUUCUAGAAACAGUCCUAAAGUGCUCAACAGUCUCGCCCAGUUGCAUCAUGGGAGUGGCAGCAGCUCCUCCUCUCCAACAGCAAACGGUUUCAUCACCAAAGAGUCGUUUGGAGCCAACGUCCCAUCCAGGACGACGACUCCACUGAAGACACGGAGAGACGCGGACAGAGGGUCGUCCGGCAGCAGAUCCGGUGACAGACAGGAAGUGUCUCGUCCAGACCCCUUCCUGUCGGUCAGACCUGCACACCUGCAGCACCGAGGCGGCGUCCUGCUGGGGUUGUUGCUGCAGCAGCCUUUGUCUCCCAGCAGCCUCGGUCUCUCUCACCUGCUGUCUAUGAGUCUGACUGACAUCCACCUGAAAUCCAGUGAGCGGUCUGAUGGUUUUCUGCUCGACUCUGAUGCUUCAGCCGGCAUUUGCGGUGAUGGCGGCGGGACUCUGGGAGCUCCUCUGAGUCCAGUCCAAAGUCUAGCUGUAACUGGACUCAACAUGCUGAGUCAAAGCCGACCAGCAGCUGCAGCCAGCAGCAGGAACAACAGGUCGUGUCCCGGCGCCGUCCUCCUCCUUCCUCUGUUGGACCUCCAUCUGUCUUGGCUCUGUCGGGCUCUGGACUCGCUCCGCUCCUCUUCCACUGGCAGCAGCGGCUCAAACUCCACCGCUGCCAGCUCACUCCCAGCGGGCCGUGCUGCUCCUGCUGCUGGACUGGGGAGAAUGGAGGAGGCUGGUUUGACUGGUUUCAGCGUGGAGGACACUGGUUUUGCUGCUCUGAGGCUCCUCUACCUGCUGCUGGCCCACAGUGACGAGGUGGUGGAGGCUGUGUUGUCCAAGAAUCAGAGCGGAGUCACAGACAAAAAGACUGAGCGCCCUGCUGCAGGUGUGGGUCUGGGCUCCCAGAAUGCCUUGCUGCAGUCUGUGUUGCGGUUGUGUGAAGCUGGUCUAGGUGGUUUUGGCUCACAGAAUGAGGACCUUGUCCUCAGUGCCAUGAAGACCCUGUGUGUCCUCAUUGAGAGGACGCCAAACACCCACAUCGACAGGUUGCAGUGUGUGUUGCAGGUGGUGUGUGUGUGUUUGUCGGCCGACUGCAGGCUGCAGACAGUUUCGGGGACUGUGUCUGUCCUCAAGUCCAUGUCCGACCACCAGACACUGUCUCAGCAGCUCUGCUCUCAGCACGACCCAUGUGUUUUCCUGAAGUUGUUCCAGUUCAUCAGAACCAGACCAGACAACCAGGCAACACACACAGACUGGAUUCUGCUGGACCUGCAGGUGGUUCGCUUGCUGAGCAGACUGAUGACUCAGAGAGCAGAGAGCUGGACCUCCAGCCAGCACAGCAGCUGUCAGUGUUACGCUGAGUUUGUUCAGACAGUGGUGAUUGUUUUCCAUCGUCAGUGGUUGGAUCUUCGUGGUUCUCAGGAUCAGACCGACUCAACAGGUUUGACCCCGCCUACGCAGAAGUGCUCCGCCCCCUCGUUGUCAUGGUGGCACGGCCCGGCGGCGUCUCUGCUCAGAGAGUGCCUGCUGCUGCUGCACUGGCUGCUGCUGCAUCACGGCAGCUUCUCAGAGAGCUGCAGGCCGCUGCUGCACAUGUAUGACCAGGUGAUCCCUGCAGUGCGAGACACGCUGAGGAAGAUCCCCGAGCUGAGCGAGAGCGAGGAGCUGGCGUUGGAGGAGAUCUGCCGCUCAGAGGGCGACGACACUGACGACAUGGACACUGAUCCUGGCUCCUGAUUGGCUGCAGACACGAGGGACAGUUUUCUAACUGUUGAUUGGAUAUUUCAGACUGAGACGAGGACAGAGCAGUUCUGUGAUGAAAUGGAUGGUGGAGAGAAAUUAAGGAUCAGAGGAAAAUUCAGAGGUCUGAAGUGACAGACAGUCACAGGAUUUAUUCUGCUGUCUGAUGUGAUUUAAUAAUAAAACAUGAAGGUGAGACACACAGCUGCUGCUCUCAAAGUCAUUCUGUACGUUUCUUUCCUCCCUGUCUUUCUUCACCUCUUGUUGUUCGGUUUGGGCUGCUGUUACUUCUCUCUGUGCUUCACACGUUUAUUAAAUACAUUAACACGUGGUUUUACACUGGAUACUCUGUCUGGCUGUGGUCCCACAUUUACCAGUAUGCCUCCUGACAGCAUUUUGUAGGAGAAACAGCCUCAAAACCCCAAAAAGCUGCAGGCUCUUUAGACAUGUUGCCAAACAGGAAGACACACACAGAAAACAGUUGUGGGUCUCUCCUCAAAUCUGUCAUAGACUUUUCAUCCUUCAAAAGUCUUAAGAGGCAUUGAAUUCAUUAAUCUAAAAAUAACCUUAAUUUGCAUUUAAAUGUCUUAA